AUGGAUAACACGACCAAUAUUAAUACAAAUGAGCGCUCUAGUAACACGGAUUUUAGCUCAGCUCCCAAUAUCAAAGGUUUGAAUAGCCAUACUCAGUUGCAGUUUGAUGCGGAUUCUCGAGUUUUCGUUUCGGAUGUAAUGGCUAAGAACUCUAAGCAAUUAUUGUACGCCCAUAUUUAUAACUAUUUAAUCAAAAACAAUUACUGGAACUCUGCCGCAAAAUUUUUAAGCGAAGCUGACCUUCCUUUAUCUAGAAUAAACGGAUCUGCUUCGGGUGGGAAAACUAGCUUGAACGCCAGCCUGAAGCAGGGAUUAAUGGAUAUUGCAUCUAAGGGUGACAUUGUUAGUGAAGAUGGGCUAUUACCUUCGAAAAUGCUGAUGGACGCUAAUGACACGUUUUUACUGGAAUGGUGGGAAAUUUUUCAAUCAUUGUUCAAUGGAGACCUAGAAUCUGGGUACCAACAGGAUCAUAAUCCUUUAAGAGAGAGAAUAAUACCAAUUUUGCCAGCUAAUUCUAAAUCUAAUAUGCCUUCCCAUUUCUCUAAUCUCCCACCAAAUGUGAUUCCACCAACUCAAAAUAGUUUUCCAGUUUCAGAGGAGAGUUUUAGGCCCAAUGGUGACGGAAGUAACUUUAAUUUAAACGAUCCAACCAAUCGAAACGUCUCCGAAAGAUUUCUAUCGAGAACUUCCGGUGUCUACGACAAACAGAAUAGCGCUAAUUUUGCACCUGAUACUGCUAUAAACAGUGAUAUUGCUGGGCAGCAGUACGCAACUAUAAAUCUACAUAAACACUUCAAUGAUUUGCAAUCACCAGCACAGCCCCAGCAAUCAUCUCAACAGCAGAUCCAGCAGCCUCAGCAUCAACCCCAGCAUCAACCGCAACAGCAACAGCAACAGCAACAACAACAACAACAACAGCAACAGCAACAGCAACAGCAACAGCAGCAACAGCAACAGCAACAGCAACAACAUCAACAGCAGCAACAGACACCGUAUCCUAUUGUCAACCCACAAAUGGUCCCUCAUAUUCCAUCGGAAAAUUCUCAUUCAACCGGACUUAUGCCUUCAGUGCCUCCUACAAAUCAACAAUUUAAUGCACAAACCCAAUCUUCAAUGUUUUCAGACCAGCAGCGCUUCUUUCAAUAUCAAUUACACCACCAAAAUCAAGGACAGGCGCCAUCUUUUCAGCAAAGCCAAUCUGGCAGGUUUGAUGACAUGAACGCUAUGAAAAUGUUUUUUCAGCAGCAAGCACUACAGCAAAAUUCACUACAGCAAAAUCUUGGAAAUCAAAAUUAUCAAUCUAAUACACGUAACAAUACUGCGGAAGAAACUACGCCCACAAAUGACAAUAACGCAAAUGGCAAUAGUUUAUUGCAAGAACACAUACGAGCCCGCUUCAAUAAGAUGAAAACAAUUCCUCAACAAAUGAAAAAUCAAAGCACUGUCGCAAAUCCGGUUGUUAGUGAUAUAACAUCUCAACAGCAGUACAUGCAUAUGAUGAUGCAAAGAAUGGCGGCUAACCAGCAAUUACAAAAUAGUGCCUUUCCUCCAGACACUAAUCGUAUAGCGCCAGCUAACAACACUAUGCCAUUACAACCAGGAAAUAUGGGGUCUCCUGUCAUUGAAAAUCCAGGUAUGAGGCAGACUAAUCCAUCCGGACAAAACCCUAUGAUCAAUAUGCAGCCCUUAUAUCAAAAUGUUUCUUCCGCAAUGCAUGCGUUCGCUCCGCAACAACAAUUUCAUCUACCACAACAUUAUAAAACCAAUACUUCAGUACCACAAAAUGAUUCUACCUCCGUCUUUCCUUUGCCUAACAAUAACAAUAACAAUAACAACAACAACAAUAAUAAUAAUAAUAAUAAUAGUAAUAAUAGUAAUAAUAAUAAUAAUAAUAAUAAUAAUAAUAAUAAUAGUAAUAAUACACCCACAGUAUCACAACCAUCAUCAAAAUGUACUUCUAGCUCCAGCACAACUCCUAAUAUAACUACAACAAUUCAACCCAAGCGGAAACAGAGAGUGGGUAAAACAAAGACCAAGGAAUCAAGAAAAGUUGCUGCAGCUCAGAAAGUUAUGAAAUCUAAGAAACUGGAACAAAAUGGUGAUUCAGCUGCUACAAACUUCAUCAAUGUCACUCCAAAGGACAGUGGCGGUAAGGGUACCGUAAAAGUUCAAAACAGUAACUCGCAGCAACAACUAAAUGGCUCUUUUUCUAUGGAUACAGAAACAUUCGACAUAUUUAACAUUGGUGACUUUUCUCCUGAUCUAAUGGAUAGCUAA